CCGAACCCAAUUCAUCGUGACAUGGGAUGUGAUCGAACCCAAUGUCAGAUUUGAUUUUAGUAGCCAUGAAUUCAAGUCCAUCGACCGCUCAAUUCCCUAAAGAGAUUGCAAACCAUUUCGAUAAGCUUCCGGCGCCGUGUGUGUGCACAGUCGUGACUUGAGUUGCUGUGGCGACGGGCACAGGAUCACCACCGUCGCGAAAGCCUAUCGGAGGUAAACCACCGUCUGAUCUCGAUCAGCCCCGUUCUUAAAGCAGUCGUCUCGCGUUAGACGGCGACGGAACCCCUACGCGUGGCGUAGGGCCUCCCUCGUUCCUGCCCCUUCUUCGUCUCCUCCCCCCGCGGUCCGUCCCCGUGUCCCGCCAUGGAUUACUCCGCCUUCGCCCAAGCCCAACAGCAGCAGCAACAGCAACACCAGUACCAUCAACCUUACGACCCCGCCCGAUCCCAGCAACAGGUGCUCUACGGUGCAGCGGCCUACCAGCCUUACCGUCCCCAAGAAGCCUACUACAGCCACCACCCAUCCUCCACCCAUCAUUACCACCCUUACCACCACUCCUACCGGCCGCUCCCUCCGCCGCCGCCCGGGACCGACCCCUUUUUGCAGAACCACGCUUUCCGGGGUCCGCAUCGGGAGCACCACCGCCCGCCGACGCCGCAGACGCAGCAGCGCCCCCUCGCGUUAUCUAAGUUCGGGAGGGCCAUUGGCGUAGGCGAGCGGCCUGUGGCGCCACCACAACAUCUGGCGGUUGGUGGCGAGUCUGCACAUAGGGGUGGCAGCAGAAGAGGUCGUUGGCCUUUUAGAGGUGGUGGUGGCAGAGGCAAUGUUGAUUUCCGCCCAUCUAGACAUGAUGUUGGUUCACCUCCUUUUCAUGGUAGAGGACGAGGCCGGAGAGGUAGGGGUGGCAGCAGGCAAAAUCAUCUUUCCGCUCCUGUUGGACCAUUGCCUGUUACUACACCUGCAUCAGUUGGUGAAUCAUUGUCAGUAAUACCGCCAGUGAUGGAAGAAUUGAAGGCUCCAUUGCAGUCUCCAGCACUUGUUGCAGAGUCAGGAACCUUGAUACCACCGCGUCCUUUCCUCCCACUUGCCUGGUGUGAUAUUUGCAGGGUGGAUUGCAACAGUUUAGAAGUCCUAGAACAGCACAAGAAUGGCAAACGCCACAAGAAGACUGUACAAAGAAUCCAAGAGAUACAAGCUCAGCAGAAACUAAUGGCGGAUCUGCAUAUAAAGUAUGCUGCCGAGCCUGAGAUGGUACUCCAAAGUGCUGAAGAAAACAAGGUUUCUCUUCCAGGUGAAGCGAACAAAUUAUUUUCUCAUACUGAUAAAGCUGGUGAAACUGUUGCAGCUGCAUUUUCAUCCGAUCAAGUAAUUGAAGCCGGAAAUGCAGUUGUUGUAGCAUUGAACACGCGUUGUACAGCCUUGCCUGCUUCUUCUCAAGAUACUGAAGCAAACAAAGGUUCUAUUUCAUCAGCAACUGUCAUCUUGUCUGAAGUUAAUGAAGCAAACAAAUGUUCUGCUGCAUUGGAAAACUUGCCACCUGCAACCACAGAAAUGGAUCAUAAGAUGGGUCCUGAAAUGCAGAGUCAGAAUAUCACAAUACAGUCUGAUUCUUCAAAGGAGGGGGAAACAGGUAGUGUGGCACCAACUACCAGUGCACCAGAUUACAUUGAUGUACCAGCAGCAAAAGGUUGUGGAAGGAGGGCAGGGAUGAAUGGUUAUAACAGGAGGCAUGGUUCAAAGAGGAAGAUGAUGAGGUAUUGGCGGAAUGGAAAGCGGUUGAAGAUGCUUGAAGCUGUCGAAAGCAAUCCUCAGGAGCACCAAAAGGAACGGCCCAGGGUUUGUACACUAUGCAAUGUGACGUGUGACACACAAGCUGUAUUUGAUUGCCAUCUGUCCGGUAAGAAACAUAUUUCUCGGAUCAAGCGGUUCCAAGGCCAACAUACUGAAUUUGGUCCCAUUACUGUAUAUAUUCCCCCCAAUCAGCCAUCAGCUCAUCCACCGAAAGCACCUGACCCACUGUUUUACGGCCUUAGAAGUCAUGAGAUGCUCCAACAGGAGGCCUGCACGGGAGGCUGUGGUGUUCAACCUGGCGAUCAGGCUGAGCAAGGAGGGAAAACAGAACCCAUAGCCCUGGGGUUUCGGUCCCAACAGCCUUCAGAGAAACCUGAAGGCAGAGUUCCCAUAACCGAGGGCCAGAAUUCGGUUAAUAUGUGUACUGAAGGGCUACAUAAUGCAGCUGAGACUGUGUCAAAAGAAAAGAGCGAGUUGCCAGUAGCAUUUUCAUCUGGGAUUUCUCAAGUCGACGAACCCGCUUGAGCUAUUGCUGAAGAUGCAGUUGCUAUUUUUUGUAAAUGAAGCACCACUUGGCAAGAACGUGUAUGCCCAUGGAUUUGUUGUCGAAGCAGCGUUGCCUGGUCUUAAAGCUGAAGCACCUUCCUUCCCACACAGCCAAUACUGCCGUCCGGUAUGCUUCAAAAGCUCAGAGCUUUCACUUCUCACCAGGCUUUUUGCCUUUUUAUGUUAUUCGGACCAAUUUAGCUAAUCUCAGGUAAUUUUAUUUCCAUGUACCUAUUACCUCACCGGUUACCUGUCUGAAUUGUUUGAGAAUAUUUGUGUUAGGGGGAUUUUGUUUCAAAAAAAAAAGUAAUUAUAGUAACUUAUCAUAGCCCCAAAAGGUAAUUUGACAA